UUAAGUGCCACGCAUCCACAGUGCAAUAAUAAACACAUGCUUCUUUAAGAGAAAACUCCAGACGGCCUGAAAUUAUCGGAGUGUCUGCUUUGCACUUGAGUGUGAUUGAGAUAUCAUCGUCACCAGUGCAGCCUGCUGGGAUUUGUCUCAGUAUCACCUGAAAUUCUACCCGGCACGAUUGGGUCUAAUUAUCACGGUGGUACAAGCUCAUUACACUUCACUCCUGUAUCACCAGAAGACAACCAAGCUCUCGGAUAAAUGUUCGUCAUCUGUAUGUUAAGGUAAUGAGUUUUGGAAUUUCACAAUGGCAGACACCAAUAGCAGCUUAAACUUUGUGGGGGAUUCUCUGUUCACAUACGAGGAGAGAGUUGUGGUAGCGGUUCUCGUUCUGAUAAUAUUCGUCUGUGGUACCGUGGGUAACAGCAUCGUUAUUCUGGCAGUCAUCCUAUCCCAGGAUUUGCAGAACAUCACCAACGUGUUCGUGGUGAGCCUCGCUACGGCCGAUCUUUGCUACUGCUUGCUGCUACCAAUCAGCAACGUGGUGGCUCUUCUCUCGAUAGAUGGAUGGCCGUGGGAAUCGGAGGCACUCUGCUCUCUAUCGGCCUUGAUGUCGUUUACCUGCGCGGGAGCCAGCCUGUACAACCUGGCCUGCAUCGCCCUAAACCGCAUGCUGCUCGUCAGGGGUCCGGUGACGGUCUACCAGUGGCUGUUCACGCCCAGGAAGAUUGUCUGCUUGGUGAUGUGUACCUGGGCCAUACCGCUAGCCGUCUUGCUCAUCCCGCUAAGUUUUGGUAUCGGCGAGCUGGGAUACGACCAGGGGGACAGCACCUGCAGUGACAUCGACUCCCAUCCACGGUAUGUCGAAUACCACCUCAUCCAGGCCUUCUGCCUGUACCCGAUCCCACUCUUAACCAUCGUCAUCAGCUACUCCCUGAUCUUCCUGCACGUCAAGCGACACUUCGAACGCAGGGAGGAGUCGUUCAGGGAGUCCCACGAAAUGGUCAGUCUGGAGGGGGAGCCGGACGAUAACACGCGCCAACUCGAGGCCCGCUUCAAAAAGCGCGUCAGCCGCCAGCAGUUGAAGAUCACCAUGAACCUGUUCAUGGUGACCUGCGCGUUUGUCUUGUUCAGCGCGCCCUACUCUCUGGCCUUGCUGUCACCGCACAACAGCCGUGUCUUGCUGUUUCUCUCCGUGCCGUUCACUUGCAACAGUUGCGUGAAUCCCAUCAUCUACACGGUCAACCAUCCACGCUUCAAUGGCGUCAUUCGCUGCAUUUUGCGAUGCAGGUUCGGGGAUAUACCAAGACCCUCCUAUCUUCUCGUGUCUGCACGUGCUAGGUUGAGGCCUAUGUAAAAGGAGUGACAGCCAUGUUUACCUAUUACUUUUGUUUAUCUGUAACUUUCGAGAAUCGGAAGUUAGUUGCCAACUCCUAAAUCAUGAGAACAAUAGAAAAGACUGUUCAGAGAGUGGAUUACAGCGGGCUUCGUCUUGAAAACUGACACGACAGGUAUUUGUGCCGUCAGUAUUACAUGUAGAGUCACAAUCAUAUUGGCCAAAAUGGUGGGAUCAACUUUUUGCAUUCUAUUGACUACUUUUAAACUGAUAAACAUUUUUGUGUGCCUAUGAUGUAGUUGAAGACACAGUUAGUAGACAUUGUAAGUAGACAAUACAACUUGUAAAAAAUGUCAAGCAAAAACAGAAUAAUUGAAACUCGUUCCCAACACUAUUAUUACUAAUAUUAAUGCCGGCCAUUUCAAUCGAACUUCAUAAUUGAAGGAAAUAUGUGUCUAGUAUGUUUCUGACAUUCUGGGACGUAAUUUGUUUAAAUCUCAUUUGACUAUGCACAUUUAAGCGUAGGCCUACAACUACAAAUAGACUAAUCAAGAUCCACUGCUUCGUCUUGAUGCCGGAGAGCUUUGAACUACCGAAAUGGGCAAUGGACAGUGACAGUUCAAUAACGUUAAUUCAUUUCAGUAACGGUCCGAUCGUUAAAAGAUGCAUUAUGGUAAACUAGAUGUAUACAUGCUUUGACGUAGGCCUACAUAGUGUAGUAUGCUCGGGAAAUAAUCCCCGUGAGUUCAUUAUUGAUGUGAUGUUUCCCCCGGGAUGCUUUGCCGGCUAUAUGACACAAAUACGGUUUGUUUUUGGUAUGCAUCAUGAUCUGGCUAUGGUACAAACAAAAAUAUUAGCUGAAAUACUAAUCUGACGUAACUUUUCGUCUUCUACAAGCUUACAGUUAAGUAGAGUUCAC